AUGACGACAGCAAACUCAACCACAAAUAUUUCAUACUGUUCUGCAAAUGCCACCAUUUGCAAUGGCAAUUCGUGUGUUACACCUGAUGACAAUUUUAACCAAAUUUUGAAUGUAGUUUUAAGUACUGUCCUAACAAUCUUGUUGGCAUUGGUGAUGUUCUCCAUGGGCUGCAAUGUGGACAUACACAAAUUCUGGGGACACAUAAAAAGGCCAUGGGGCAUAUUUGUGGGCUUCCUCUGUCAGUUUGGAAUUAUGCCUUUGACAGGAUUUGUGCUGUCACUCAUCUUUAAUGUGCUUCCUGCUCAAGCUGUUGCUGUGCUGAUCAUGGGAUGCUGUCCAGGUGGAACAUCUUCCAACAUUCUAGCAUAUUGGAUAGAUGGGGACAUGGAUCUAAGUAUCAGUAUGACAACAUGUUCAACAUUGCUUGCACUGGGGAUGAUGCCACUUUGUCUUUUUGUCUAUACCAAAAUGUGGACAGACACUGAGUCCAUCGUAAUCCCCUAUGACAGUAUAGGUAUUUCACUAGUAGCCCUUGUAAUUCCUGUUUCAGUUGGAAUAUUUGUUAAUCACAAAUGGCCCCAGAAAGCUAAAAUUAUACUUAAGGCAGGUUCCAUUACUGGACUAGUUCUCAUAUUGAUUGUUGCCGUAGUUGGAGGAAUAUUGUACAAGGGAUCCUGGAUUAUCAGCCCUCAACUGUGGAUCGUUGGAACCAUAUUUCCAGCUGCUGGCUACUCUUUAGGUUUUCUUCUGGCUCGCAUCGCUGGUCAGUCUUGGCAAAGAUGUCGUACAGUAGCUCUAGAAACAGGUAUGCAGAACACUCAACUGUGUACAACUAUAGUCCAGCUCUCCUUCACCUCUGAACAGCUUGCACUGAUGUUUACUUUUCCACUCAUCUACAGUAUUUUCCAGAUAGUGUUUGCUUUAAUAUUUGUAGGAGUCUAUUACUUGCACAAAAGAUUCUGUAGCACACCAAAGACAGACUUCACAGAACCAACAAGUGAAAUUGAAUCGACACCAGAAACUUAUACCCAGAUGAAUGGAGGAUUUACAUCAAAUGAAAAAAGUACAAGAAACAUGAACGACGCUAUCAUCUCCUGA